AUGACGACAAUGCGAUUAAGCAGAAGACUCAGCUACCACCUAACAUCAGGCGCGCCCAAGACCCACGUGACCCAAGUGCACAAAACCGCACUCACUAGAAAAUACCUUGAAGAACAAACGGAGAUCAUCACCAUAUGCAAGGAUAACAGGCGCCUCCCCAUCUUAGAAGCCCUACAUAUCAAGAACUUAGAGCCAAAGCUUAACAUACAGAACCAAGACCUACAAGCGCUCUGGAGGCCUGACUUUCCUACCUGCUAUACCCACAAUGGGAAUGGCAGCCUGGAUCUCAUCCUCUCCAAUCGGCAAUCCCUACCUUUCCACCACCACAUCUCCCACAGACCCCUCAGUGGUUCUGACCACGUUCCCCUAAUCCUAAAAAUAUCCUCCAACCACAUAUCCAUCACAUCCUCACCUGUCCCCGACUGUCGCUCCGCCGAUUGGGAGAGAUUUAAGGAAACUCUUUCAGAUCUACACCGACUAACACAGCUCGAAGGCCAACCCGAUACAGAAAUAGACAGCGCCCAAGAGACGCUACACAAUGACAUUCUGACAUCAGCCAACAGACACACACCAAAGAAACAACACAAAAUUCACAUAGACUUCAGAGCCUCCAUAAGAACACAACGACUACUAUUCUGGCACAUGGUGCACAAGCUGAAGGGAUGCCAGCGGGAAAGAUUCGAGUACCUCCUAGUGAACGGUGAUCGCGUCACCAACAACUUCCAGACACACUGGCGUAACACCUUCCAACCACACCCUUUCCCUCUCCAUGAGCCCAGUAUUGCCCACAUACACCACAUCACCGAUCUGGUUGCUCAUGCAUACUCCGCGGAGAGCCCCCGGCCCCUCAGGAAUCACUUGGCCGAUGGUGCAGAGCCUCCUCCAGAAAUCAUAUCCAGCCUGACAAAAAUUUUCAACGCUUGCCUCGCCUCUGGAUACUUCCCAAAGGCUUUGAAAACUUCUAACAUCACCCUUAUUACCAAGCCCGGUAAAAACUCUCACUUACCAGAAAAUUAUCGCCCCAUAAGUCUCCUUGAAAUUCUUGGAAAAACUUUUGAGCAUCUAAUCAAUUUAAUGAGAGCGUUCCUCGAAGAUAACGGAUUGCUGGCGCCACAGCAGUUCAGUUUCCGGAGGAACGCCUCAACUGAGGACACCCUUAACAGCAUAGUAGCCUACUUAAAUUUCAACAAGCCAUAUUACAAGACAGCCCUCGUAGCAAAGGAUGUCAAAAAAGCAUUUGAUACCGCUGGAGUCCCACAAGGCUCCGUACUCUCCCCCACCCUUUUCAACAUGUAUACAGCUGACCUGCCCUCCCCCCCAAUCCACAAUGACUCACUAAUACGCAGACGAUGUAACGCAUUUGGCCCGUGCCAGGUCGCUCUGGAUAGUCUGGCCUCCAGCCUGAGCAGGGUUCGGCCCCGAGGGUUUGGUUGCGUGGACAGCGUCCGUGGCUGCGGCUGUGUUGGGCUUGGCUUGCUCGGUUGGUGGCGGACUCUCCGGCUUCCCCCUGAUGAGGACCUUGUCUCCCUUUCCACUUUAACAUAA